GGUAGUUGCGUCCGUUCGUUCAUCCGUCACCCGCGACGCAAACGGUUUGUUUCGCGGACGACCCCCGAGUCUUUAUCCCGUCGACGUCGCCUUCGUCGUCGGGUGUACGGGCGAAAUCGGUUCAGUGUUUCGCGGCUAGUGCGUGAGAAACGGCGGUGCCAUGUGCGCCGAGGCGUCGUUGUAACGACGCCAUCGCCAUGGCGACACGUCGACGCCGAUCCGUGGACGUCGUUGCCGUGCUCCUGCUGGUGUGCCUCCCGAUUCGACUCGUUUACCGGCCAUGCCGUGCCCUCGAACUAGAGUCUUGUAUUGCACCAUUGGGAAUGGAGUCGGGUGGAAUUAAGGAUGCUGCGAUUUCGGCCAGCUCAGCUUACGACUCCGGCAGCGUCGGACCUCAUCAUGCAAGAUUACGGAACAACAGGCAAGGUGGGGCGUGGUGUCCCCGUAACAUGGUGUCAAGAGACGCGAGGGAGUUCCUCGAAAUCGACCUGGGCGAUGUCCACGUGGUGACCGGCGUCAUGACCCAAGGUCGUUACGGCAAUGGCCAAGGUCAAGAGUACGCCGAGCAGUACCUAAUCGACUAUUACCGACCGGGGUUGAAAAAAUGGACGCGUUGGAAAGACCGUACUCGAAAAGAGUUGCUGUCCGGAAACACAGACACGUUUACCAUUAACGAGCAGAAGUUGGACCCUCCGGUAUUAUCAUCAAAGCUACGGCUCUUGCCUUACAGUGACCACGUUCGAACCGCUUGCAUGAGGGUGGAGCUGAUUGGAUGCGUUUGGAGAGACGGCCUCUUGAGUUACUCGAUGCCUCAGGGCGUACGUCGGGGGACGGAUCUCGAUCUGAGCGAUCGCAUUUACGACGGGACCGAAGACUCCGGGCAACUGUCCCACGGUCUCGGACAGCUGGUGGACGGCGAGAAAGGAAGGGACAAUUUCAGGCUGGACUGGACGGGACGCGGAAAAGGUUACGAGUGGGUCGGUUGGCGCAACGACACUCUAGGAUCGGACGGCUCCCCAUUGGAGAUGCUGUUCGAGUUCGACAAAGUGAGGAAUUUCUCAGCCGCUCACCUCUACACGAACAACUUGUUCACGAGAGACGUUCAGGUUUUUUCCCAAGCCAGGGCAUUCGUAAGCCUGAACGGGUACAGGUUCAGCCCCGAAGCAGUACACUUUUCCUAUAUGCCAGACCUGGUGAUGGAGCACGCCCGAGACGUCACCAUCAAACUGCACCACCGCAUAGGACGUUUCCUCAAGCUCGAACUUUAUUUCGCCUCGAGGUGGAUCCUCAUUAGCGAAGUGUCUUUUGAUUCCACGGUGGCCACAGGCAACUUUACCGAUUCGGAAGAGGAAAUGGCUACCGUGCCGGACUCGGUCAGCAGGGAAUAUCCUUUGCAGCGGGACGAAGUCAAGGCCGUCGCGAAAGGAACCGCCAGGAACGUUGAGAAGAGCAAACCGAAAUCAACAGGAAACGUCGACGAACCGAACCAUUAUAUUGGUUUCGUUAUUGGCAUUCUUACGGUCAUCAUAUUGAUUCUCGUCUCCGCCAUCGUCUUUAUAAUCUUCCGAAAUCAGAGGCUGAAGAACGCCCUCACGACACUUCCGGUCGGCGACGACGACAUCAAAAGCAUCGAAAACGGAAAGAUUGUGGUGGAGAACGGCAACAAAGAUUCCGUUUACACGGAAACUUGCAGCCCACUGAACACGGCCGACGUCCCCGAUGUAAUAAUGAAAAGGUACUCGCUGACGUCAGCGUACCCGGAGCGUGACAUUGAGGCUCCACCAGUUCCACCACCACCCGAAGGUUAUUAUCCCUGCAAAGAUGUCUACGGUUCGCUUCCGUUCGGCGUGUCAUCACCCAGUUCGCCCAUUUUGAGGUCGAGGUCCGCAACUAACAGCCACUUUAUGUUACCCCGGAGUCCAGGACCGGACGCGGCGGUCGACGGGCUCGAACAAAUGAAAAUGUUCCCUCGCGAAAAAUUACGCGUCGUCGAGAAGAUAGGCGAGGGUGAAUUCGGCGACGUGAACCUCUGUGAGGUGGUGGGAAGCAACGCCGAAAGUUUGGGCGAUUUUAACGUCGUCGUCGUGCACACUCUCGGCUCUCAGGAAUACCUAAAGGAAUUCAAACGGGAAGUGAAAACGAUGUGGCGUCUGAAAGAUCCGAACGUGACGUCAUUGCUCGGCAUUUCCGUCGAAUGUCAGACACUGUGCGGUUGCAUCCGUGAAUACGCGCCGUACGGCGAUCUGUGUCAAUUCCUGCAGGAUCACGUAGCCGAGACUGCGACGCCAUUGGCACCGACGGCAAGCACGUUGAGUUACGGUUGCCUGAUUUUCAUGGCGACCCAGAUAGCAUCGGGCAUGAAGUAUUUGGAGUCCCUCAAGUACGUUCACAAGGAUCUCGCAGCAAGGAACUGUUUGGUCGGCAAAAGGUACGAAAUCAAAAUAUCCGAUCUCGGAUCGUAUCGACAAAUGUACGAGGCGGAUUACUGCCAGAUAGUCGGAUCCAGACCGAUUCCGGUCAGAUGGAUGGCUUGGGAAACUGCGCUUUUAGGAAAAUAUUCCAGCAAAAGUGACGCAUGGUCGUUCGGCGUUUUACUCUGGGAGAUACUGACCUUCGCGAGGGAACAACCGUUCGAGGACUUUAGCGACGAAAAAGUGAUCGAGAACCUGAGCAAUUUCUAUCAGAACAACGGCAAACACGUCCUUUUGAGCUCGCCGUUCAACUGUCCGAAAGAGAUUUUCGACUUGAUGUGCGAAUGCUGGCAGAGAAACGAGUCGGAUAGGCCAACGUUUCGCGAGAUUCAUCUAUUUCUGCAGAGGAAAAAUCUGGGCUACAAACCGGACGUUCACUGACACCAGAUCGAUAGAGAUCGAGACGUUGACAAUAACCUUGAAGAGCUGCGCGAUAUACUGCAGCUAUUCGCCUAUUAAAGUAUUAGAUCCGACAAUUCGUGAAUACACUUGCCGUAGGACGUUAAUGAUGGCGGAAGUGUGGGUGUGGAUAUUGAAUGACCGCGAAAUCCGGUGGGAUUUUAAUCUGGUUCGUUCCUGUUGUACACCAGAAACGUGCUCGUUCAUUAUUUUGUUGAGUCUUCGGCAUAAUUAAAAUGAUAUUUUCCCGGUGGUGUGAGAGAGCAAGGUAGAUAGAGAGACACGAUUUCACGGAAAUGGAUAAAGCAUCGAUUUAGAAGUUUUGGGUGCGUUUUAACAUUACUCGAGGCCGUUUGGGGCUAUUUCUAACCAAAUCUACCGCUGUUUUAAUUUUUUUCGAGUGAAGGUGUGAAAUAAAUAACACAAGCAAAAAGUGCAAAAUAACAUAUUCAUAAAAAAAAUUAUACAUUGUUUCAACGAUUAAACUGAAUUACAUAAAAAAUGAUUGAGCAAUGAGUAAGUAAUAAAAAUCAAAAACAAACAAUACUGACAGUGAUUCUCGGUGAAGGUAUAGAGCGCAAGGCAAUGAACAUGUGAAAUUCAUUUUUUUUUUGGUCACCCUAAUAUCGACGAAUGUGGUUUUUUUCUUUGUUUUUAUCGAGCGGUCCUAAUGAAGGUAGGUACACCGUGCACCAAAUAAACCGACCCACUAUACGUUCUAUAAACCCACAGGACAUACGAAAAAAAGUUUCGUACAAAAUUUUCUUGGACUCCCCUAAAGAUUUAAAAUAUCAUAAUUUUGUUGAUACAGAGUGUCCCAAAAGUGUCCGACAUCAACUUUGUUAUUUUAAAUCGAACACGCUAUGCAACGAAAAUUUUACCACAGACUGAGUUCAUCAGUAAGGAAAAUUUAAAUAUAAGAUAAAUUACAAACUUACCUUAUUUUGAAUCCUAGAAUCGAAUUAUAUUAUACAAUAAAAAUAUAGGGUGUUAUAUUUGAAAAUCUUGAGAUUUUGUUAAUUGAAUUCGCAACAACGGCACCACCAAUUUCCUGUAUAAGCUAAGGCGCAUCUGUCAAACUGAUUGAGUAGUGCAUCAUCUCUUUAGUAGGUGGUAAAAUUUUCGUUGCAUUACCUGAAUUUCUACCUAAGCAAAGUUGGAAUAGGAAUUUCUUUAGAAAGUCUUUUUUUUAUUUUAACCACGGAUUCCAAAAAUGACGAUAUAUACAGGGUGUUCGAAUUAAAAUAACAAAGUUGAUGUUGGAGGGGACAAUUUGGUACACCCUGUAUCUAAAUCUUCAGAAAAGUCCGAGCAACUUUUGUACGAAACUUUUUUUCCUAUGUCAUAUGGGUUUCCAGAUCGUAUAGUACGUCGUUUUAUUUGGCACACGGCGUACAUAGGAAUAUCAGAAAGCCGCAAUGCACACUGUUUGGAUUCAGUUACGCAGUUCGCUGCUGACUACGGUGCGAAUAAACACCUUCUCGAUGAAGAACUGCCCGACCUGAAUCAGGUCAUGAUCUGAAAAAAGAAACGUGGUUACUAACAAAGAAUUUUAGAAAGGACAUGAGAUGGUACUCUGUAAUAAGGUCGGAUGUUGUCUGGUAACCUGUUUUGCAGUCGAUUAUAAUUUUUUUUUAAUGGAUUUUUUUUUGGUACUGUUUUAUUUUAAGAAUUCGUUUUUGUUUUGUUGCCCACUAUUGUUGUCAUUGUAAGGCACUAUCGUUGUUUGAUUAUUAACGACCUACUGCAUAACUGAAUCCAAACAAGGUCGACUGUGUUGUGAAGCUGCCUGGUACUGACAAAAUAGAAUUAUUCCAGUGUACGACUGCAGUAACUUGGACCGUGUGGUACACAUUUUGUUCAUAGAAGCGGAUAAUCGGACAUGUUCGUUGCCUUGUAUUGUAUCAAAUAGAUCACAAUUCCAUGUUUACAUCAACAUGUUAUAUUUUUGUGAGUCCAUUUUCAAUGGUUUUUAAUAUUUAUUGACUUACGUUAUAGUUUGGUAUUCUGCAGGUCAAUAGUUGUGAUAGUUAAUUUCACAUACAUUUAUAAUUACUGCUCUGGCAGCUUAAAGUCCAUUAUUCUCGCUAAUAACCAAGAGAGACUAUUAAAUUCUUGCUUUUCAAAAUUGCAUGCAUAGAAGAACUCAGAACUCAUAAAGUGGUCCUAUAAAUGCCCGGUGCCUUUUUCAACCUGGUGUCUUUUUGAAAAUCGGGAGACUCAAACGUCAUACUGGAAUUUGUUUAAUUCAAUUCGUACGAUACCAUUUUGGAUAGGGUUAAUGGGAGUUUUGCGUUCCUGUACAUAACUUCCUAUAGUUGUUUCAUAGUGGCCUAAAAACUGGAAUCUAGUUUCUAAGGUGUAGGAUAUUUUCGUCGCUUCGUUACAUCAAACAAGUAACUAAAAUCAAACAGAAACCGUUUUUUCUAUGUUGUAAAUAAACCAUACUGACUGAUCGUUAAUGCAAAGAAAAAUUCGAAUUUGUACAAUAAUUGAUAAUAUUGAUGAGCUCAUUAUACGAUUACGUGUAGAUAUUUAGAUAAUUAUUACUGUACAUAAUUAAUACGGAUUGGAUUUAAAUAGACGUUUAAAGUGGCCGUUAAAUUUGUACAUUUGCAGAAAUAUCUUGUUGACACACUGGUAAA